AUGACGGUUGAUCCACCACCAGAACGUGUUGUGAAAGAUAUCAGCAGUUUUAAAACACUUCUAGAGCCACUAAAGGAGACACUGGUUUUGCUGGAACGUGACAAGAUUAAGAGGAUUUGCAUCCAUGGGACAGUGGGGAUUGGAAAAACAACUAUAAUGUGCAACUUGUAUUACCGUGAACAAGUUGCCAAAAAGUUUGACAUAGUCAUCUGGCUCAAAGUAUCAAAAGUGGAGAGUAAGGAAAAUUUGAGCAAGGAGCAUCUGCAACAGGAUAUUGUGCAAAGACUGAAACUAAACAUCAGAGACACCCGCAAUACCCAAGAAGUUGCCAAAAAAAUAUCAAUGGAGUUGGAGCACAAGAGUUACUUGCUGCUGUUAGAUGACGUCAAGGCCUAUCUUGAUUUAAGUGAGAUUGGGAUUCCUGAAAGCAACAAUCGAAGCAAGAUAGUAUUGACAACUAGGCAGCUGAAUGCUUGUGCCAAAAUGGUGGACAUGGCGAUUCAGGUGAAAUGUUUAACUCGAGCUGAGGCAUGGAAGAUGUUCCAAGAUGUUUUGAGACCGACAGAACUACUUGAAGAUACAAAAAAAAAGAGAGUUGCAGAGAAACUGUGCAAAGAUUGUGGUGGACUUCCACUCGUGAUAAAAAAUGUAGCAAAUACUUGCAAAUGGAAAGCCAAGGAAGACCUUUGGGUUGAUGGAUUGAAUAGUUGGAGGGGUUGGGUCAAAAGAGAAUGCCAAGGCAUUAGGCAAUUAUAUGAAUUGCUGAAGCAAUUUUGUUAUGAUAACUUGGAUGAUGACCAGUGUAAGAAUUGUUUUCUUUAUUUUGCAUUAUAUCCGGAAGACACAGACAUCAACAAAAAUGGUUUGUUAGAGUGUUGGGAAGCUAACAAUCUCCUUUUCAACGGAAAUAACACAACAAAUGGGAAUUCAAUAUUGGAUUAUUUUCAUGAGCUGUCAGUACUCGAGGAGGGCAAGAGUAUGGAUCAUGUUAAAAUGGAUAAAUUCAUCCGACAAGUGGCUGUGUAUGUAACAGAAGAUUAUCCUGAAAGUAGACAUCUAGUGAAAGCGAGCAAAGCAUUAAAACUGCCGCCGGAUAUGAAAUUGUGGAGUGAGAUGAAUAGAAUCUCCUUGGGUGACAAUAAGUUGGACCAGUUACCAGAUUCCCCUCACUCUUCCUGCAGAAAAAUUUGUGUCUGGAGAGAAUCCCUGAUUUGUUCUUUAAAAAUAUGA